AUGAAUCAGAGACAGCUCGAGUUGUUUGACAAGGUCAAGAAUGCGCAGGACGCUCUCUAUCUGAGUGAGAAUCAGAUUGGCAAUGCUGGAGCGCAGGCGAUUGCUGAGGCACUCAAAGCGAACCCGACGCUGACUUGGCUCGUUUUGAGGCGGGGACAGAUUGGCGCUGCUGGAGCGCGCGCGAUUGCUGAGACUCUCAACGUAAACAUGAGGCUGACUCGGCUCAUGCUGGGUCGGAAUGAGCUUGGCGAUGCAGGAGCGAAGGCAAUCGCUGCAGCAAUCAAAGUGAACUCGACGUUGAAAAGGCUCGAUCUGCAUGCGAAUAUGAUUGGGCAUGAUGGAGCGCAGGCCAUCGCUGAGGCUCUCAAAGUGAACACCACAGUGAAAAGGCUCUAUUUGGACCAGAAUCAGAUUGGCGAUGUUGGAGCACAUGCGAUUGCUGAAGCACUCAAAGCGAACACGGCGGUGACUGCACUCCAUCUGAGUGAAAAUCAGAUUGGUGACAUUGGAGCGCAGGAGAUUGCUGAAGCACUCAAAAUGAACACGACGCUGAAGUGGCUCGAUCUACAAUCCAAUUGCUUCAGCAAUGCUGGUCUUCAAGCGAUUCGUGAAGCGAGUCAAGUCAACCCGACUCUGACUCACCUUGACCUCGACCUCCAGAUCAACCCUCGUGUGUUCUCCUUACUUCCACGAUUGGCAACUGCUGAAGACCUUCAUAACGUGUUUCACUUGCUGACCUGCGGACUGGCGCUGGAAGAUCAACCCACAUCUCUACCAGCACUGCCAGCCGAGAUUGCCGAGCUCAUUAUGGACAAUGCACACUACUGGCAAGGCGCACAGCAUACCAAGCAACUGUGGUUUGGUGAUGAUACGCCCGCCGAUAUUCUCGAAGUCAAGCUGCCUCAAAGUGUCAACGCGAAUUCAGUCCGUGUGAAAGCAAUUCAAGUGCUACGUGACAGUAGUACGCUUCACGGCAGCAACGUUGGCAACGGCUUUGAUUUGAUUGUCCGAGAUGAGCAAGGCGCUGUUCGAUACGAAUGCUUGGCGAAACCAACUUUCGUCGAUUCGAACCUCCAACUUGCGACAAUCUGGCCAGCCAAUCAUCCUAUCCUCCGGCAAAUGCGCGAGGUGAGCUCUGUGUCAUCGUCAUCAUCAAACCCCGUCCCAUCGAGCGCAGCCAACUGUUACACCCAACCCAUUAUCUGUUAG